UGACUUAGCUGGUUGCAGGCAAGGAAUAUUUCGCAUUAUUCUAUUUGCCGCAAAGAUAUAAUUUUCUUCUUAAGUUUAGUUAUAAACUUUAUUAAAAAUAAGUCUCUGUGUUUAUAACUAAAAAUUUAUUCUGCAUCUGUUCGCCAUUGUGUAGCAAUGAUUACAACAAAGUUUGCGCUUUUGACCAGCGCUUCUGGCCAAAAUGUAGCGAAAAAGGCAAUAAAUCAGCUGAUGGUGCGCCAAUUUACAUAUAGUUCCACCCGCUGUCAACAAGUCGCUGUGCAGUAUUUUGAAACAAAAGAGGAAGCACGCACUGAUGCAGAAUGGUUGAAUGCCAAAAGUUACAAAGAAAUACCUGGACCCAGUAUUUUUGAAUUACUGCGAACACAGUUUCCAGGAGGUGCAUUGUACAAGACAAAUAUAAAAGAAAUGGAAGAUUAUUUUCGCAAAAGAUAUGGUGAUAUUCUUCGUUUUAAGGGCACGCUGGGCAAAAUAGAUACCGUAUUCACUUUCAAUCCAGCUGAUUUUGAAACUGUCUAUCGCAAUGAAACUAUUUGGCCGGUGCGUUUGGGUGUGGAUAGUCUAACGUAUUAUCGAGUAAGUAAUCAAGGACGUGCUUGGGGCGAUAUACGCAAUAAAGUUAAUCCGGUAAUGAUGAAAGUGCAAAAUAUAAGACAAAACCUGUCAGCAAUCGAUGGUAUUGCACAGGAGUUCAUAAAGAGACUCGAUUCAUUAUUGGAUCCACGCACAGGGAGAUUAUCGAAUAAUUUUAGCGAAGAAAUAAAAAUGUGGGCAUUCGAAUCGGUUGCCUUUGUUGCGCUCAAUACCCGCCUGGGGCUGAUGACGCGCGAAAAAUCCGAUCCUAUGGCGUUAAAGCUGUCCGACAGUUUGACAACGUUUCUCGAAAAAUCCUACAAUUACGAUGUGGCACCCCCGUUUUGGAAAUAUUUCGAAACACCAGGAUUUAAGCAACUCAUAAAAGCUUACGAUUCAAUUACUGAAGUCACAACACAUUACAUUGAAAAAGCAAUGGAGCAGUUCGAUCAAAGCGCCGAAGGGAAGAGCGUGCUGGAGAAGUUGUAUCGCAUAGAUAAGAAUGUUGCAGUGGUUAUGGCUAUGGAUAUGUUAAUGGCUGGCAUGGAUACAACUUCCGCUACAUUUAUUUCCACGUUAUACUUCCUCAGCAAAAACCCAGAAAAGCAAGAAGAAUUACGCAAGGAAUUAAUAGCGCUGCUGCCCGAACCAAAUAUGCCCUUAACUGAGGAAAACACCAAAAAUAUGCCCUAUUUACGUGGCUGCAUUAAGGAGACGCUACGCUUUAGACCGAUUGCCAAUGGAAACUUCCGUAUCGCCGGCCGUGAUCUCGUGCUCUCUGGUUAUAGGGUACCCAAAGGUGUUGGUGUGUAUAUGGCAACCAUGACACUCUCAAACAGCGAUGAAUACUUCGAACGUAGUGCUGAAUUUUUGCCAGAACGUUGGAUCAAAUCGGCGAAAGCCACUUGCCCAGUCUCCCAAAAGCACAAUCCAUUCGUUUACUUGCCAUUCGGUUUUGGGCCACGCACUUGUAUUGGCAAACGUCUGGCGGAGAUGGAAUUGGAAACGAUUUUGGUGCGAAUAUUACGUAGUUAUCGUGUCAGUUGGGUGGGUGAGAAACCAUUGGAAUAUAUUAACAACUUGAUUUUGCAACCGGCUGGGGAAAUGAGUUUCAAAUUUGAAAAAUUGUAAGAUUUUUGGUUUAUCUAAUGCUUAAAGUAGAUAUUGUGGUAAAUGGCUUGUGAUUGUAAAUAUUUUAUCAUACAGUUGUAUUGUGUUUUAUAAUCCUUACUUGUAUCGUAAAUAAUCAAUAAUAAACUUCAGAUUUAUCUAUUUAUUUCAUAUACUCGAAGUGAUUCAUUAAACAGGUCUAUGUAUUAAUUUUUUUCAUAAUUUUGAAUAAAACUUAAAAUGAAAAUUAUUUUCUA